UACAUAUAUAUGGACUCGUGCAGCGAUGAACCACCUUGCAGUACUUUGUAAAAUUUUGUGCGGUUUAUAUUGACUCGAACGGCCGUGGUCCGACACCACUUAGGACACUAAUUUUCUGCAGAUUCGUGCAUCCAUUUUUGUUAUGGGUUCAACAGACAUUGACAUACCACUGGAUGCCGCUGCCAUCAUGUCAACAGCUUUGGAAGGCAUAUUAUACGGGUUUUCAGGUCUCAUGUUUAUAGGUACGCAUCUGGGCAUUCACCUACAAAAAACACACGAGGGACGUCAAUCGGCAGUCGCUGCAGAUUCUUUACUGAGCAAUACGGUUGGAUUUUUUUGCGUCAGAAUUAGUCCUUUGGGGUCGUAGGCCCUAUGUUGGACAUGUUUUGUCAUAUGCUUUCCCCUCGUAUGUACGGUUAGAUUUUCGCUGCUCGAUUCCGAUGCCAUCUACUAAAGGCUCCCGAGCACAUAAUCAAUCAUUCGUGUCGAUGGGCUGGUGAAGUCUCGCGACACAUUUCACAGGCG